AAAUGAUGUAACCUAUUCCUUUUGCUAAAACCCCAAAUCAAGAUAAUCAAUUUGGACGAAAGCCUCGCCCUACCCACACACCGAACUGGAAAAUUUCCUCCCAAUUCACAUCACCCUUUAUGUUUAUGGGAAGAUCAAUUCAAUCUGCACAAAACAUCCAGCAAUUUGUCCGAUUCAUCUCUUCCCCUCAAAUAGAGUCACGCCGCGCUGUCCAAUUGAAACCCAAAUCCAGUGCUCGACCCGACCCGACUGAGCCCACACCCGACCCGCAAAAGCUAAGGGUGCGCACCCGCCUCAUGGAAGCGGCCGAGAACUCCGAGCGGCAGCGGAGGACGCCGCUGGCGGAUGUGGUGUCGGACUGCGCAAGGCGGUGGUUUCAAGACGCGCUCAAGGAGGCCAAAACUGGCGAUACCGCCAUGCAGGUGCUUGUGGGCCAGAUGUAUACAAGUGGAUACGGGGUUGCUAAAGAUGCCCAGAAGGGAAGAGCGUGGAUUAACAGGGCAGCGAGAAGUCGGUCUUCGGCAUGGAAAGUAGGCGAUAAGCGUCCAGGUUAUAAUGCUAGUGAUUCAGAUUCGGACGAGGCAGAAGAAGUCUCAAAUAGUUAAAUGAGUGUACAUCGAUGAUAAUGUGAGUCCUCUUCUCGCCACAUGUCAUCGAGCUUUCUCUUCUUGCUCCCCCCUGUUAUCUAUAGUGCUUUACUGAAAUUGGUUUGUAUUGAGAUAUGCAAUCCCUUCUCUCCUUUUCAUAUCUCCUACUAUCUUUUACUCGUAUCUUUUCACUUUAAUGUUAUAACCAUACUUUUGUAAUGAAUGGCUUGAUGUUUGCUAUUGAUGGAAUUGAUGCAAUGCAGCCAAAAAAGGAGGCUUAAUAUUAGAUUUUACAAUAGGUCUGAUUGAUAGCAAAGUUUGGCCUUAAGUAGAGCUCCACAAGGUGCAACCAAUACAACUAUUGUAAUAUAAUACCGUAUACUAGUAUGUAUUUGUUCGGCUUCCCAGACUUACAUUAUGUGAACGAAAGAUAUCGAUACUUGUUUUA